AAGUUUGACAAACAGUUCUGUCUCGCUGACGUGCGUCAAUUCAAAUAUGUUUCUCUCUUCCUGCRUUGCCCCCUGUCAGAACUAAUUGCCUUGCAGGGUAUGAUUGCGCAGUUGUUCAAAAUUGCGUGGGCGUGUUUUUACAGAAAAGAGACUGAGGUACACAUCACUCCUUUCAGCUUCGCUGAAGAGCAGCUGGCCAAGGCUGUUAGAAAAUACAGUCAACUUCCCAGCUGUCCUGGGAAAACUUAUAAAGAUUGAUUGAGAGGUUGCUGAGAGACUGCUGCUGUCCUGGAGGGACAUUGUUCAGACUGUGUAAUUAUCAACAGAAAUAUCAGAUCCUCAUCAACUCCUCUGUCAUCAGCUGAAAAUAAACAGUCACUCUGUCAACAGUUCUGCCUCUGUAGUUUUAGUUUGAAUGAUAUGUGUYCUGCAGUGGGGUGGGUUACCAGGACUUCUUUUCAGCAGUUUCUCUGAGUAUGAAUUGUUCAUGUGGAAAAAACCCAUCACACAAUCACGUCAGCUGGAUCUGAUGACUUACAUCUCAUGAAGUACAACAAGGGCUUUUAUGUCAUUGCUCCUGAGUUGUUCAGAACUGUGUUUAACCCACUAGAUGGCAAUGUUGUGAGCCAAGAAACUACAGCUCAGAGAAGAAAUGAGAAGUACAUUUUAACUGCAGCAAACGUUUUGGUGCUUUCAGCUGUCUGACCUACCUGAUAAUGCUGAGUAGAUUAAAUAGGUCGGUGAUAGGCUGAAUAAAGGUUUCCAAUGUUUAAAACUAUGCAGUUGGGUUAAAGUAAAUUACAAAACAGCAUGUGAAGUCAGGUCAGCCUGGAAACAGGAGUGGCUUGAAUUACAGGAAGUUCCUUUACGCGCCUAGAGCCUGCCUUUUAGCCCUCCAUUUGUUUCCUCUCACAGCUGCCGGUAUCGUCUGUUAUUUUUACCACUGUGAAAAGCUGUUUUUUUUUCCCCCAACAACCUGCCAAAAACUUUUCUUUCUUUAAUUUUUCCUUCACAUCUGUCUGGAGUUGAGACAUCCAUCUGACUGACUUUUAUCAGAGAGGUGAACAUCUGCAGACGUUCAACAGCUCUCCACGUGUUCCAGUGUCUGCUCUUCRUUUCAAGUCUUAAAGACGAGUCUCUUCAUCUUGUUAAAUUUUAUCAACCCUGCUGAACAACAUGGAGCUUCAGAAGAUGAACGGYCUCUACAAAGAUGAAGGGUUUGAUGGGGUUGCCAUGGAGGAAAAUGAUGAGUUUCUCCCUCAUAAACCAGGAACAAAGAAAGAAGUUCACUUUACAGAUUUUGAGGGAAAGACUUCAUUUGGCAUGUCCAUUUUUAACCUCAGUAACGCCAUCAUGGGCAGUGGMAUUCUGGGAUUGGCUUUUGCCAUGGCCAAUACCGGAAUCAUUCUCUUUAUAGUCCUGUUAGUGUGCAUCGCUGUUCUAUCUGCUUAUUCAAUUCAUCUCCUGCUCAAAAGUGCUGGAUUUGUUGGAAAACGUGCCUAUGAGCARCUUGGGUUACGAGCUUUUGGUCGCCCAGGACAAAUGCUGGCUGCCUGCGUCAUAACAGUGCACAACAUUGGAGUGCCACUAAGAAGCGCAUGCAAGCCGUUGCCAACGUCUCCAUCCUGGCCAUGUUUGUCAUGUACCUGCUGACUGCUAUUUUUGGUUACCUCACAUUUUACACUGCCGUGGAGCCGGAGCUGUUACACACCUAUAUUAAAGUGGACCCUCAGAAUGUCCUGACUCUCUGUGUGCGUCUGUCUGUGCUGGUGGCCGUCACUCUGACAAUACCUGUGGUCCUUUUCCCGAUACGCAGGGCCGUGCUUCAGACCUUCUUCACUGAKAAACCUUUCAACUGGGUCAGACACAUCCUCAUUGCAGUCACUCUCAUCUUCCUGGUYGACCUGCUUGUUAUAUUUGUUCCUUCUAUCAAAGACAUCUUUGGGGUCAUUGGAGCCACAUCUGCACCCAGUCUCAUUUUUAUCCUUCCCGCGAUCUUCUACAUCCGAAUCAUCCCUGAAGACCAGGAGCCUUUGAAGUCAAGACCCAAAGUUCAGGCUUUAUGCUUUGCUGCAUUGGGAUUCAUCUUCAUGGUCUCGAGUCUGUCGUUUAUCUUCAUCGGCUGGGCCACUGGAAAGUCUCAACAAGGGGGGCACUAGUUUGGCGCUGACCAAAGAGAGUUACUGCAAACAGAAUGUCAACCAAAACUCCCCCUGUAAACGAAUUAGCCCAAUCUGCUGAGUUCACGCCCGAAGUUCGUCUGUGCACGGCUAAGGAUAAAUGUGAAGAAACAUCAGCAGCAUCAAAAUGAGGAAAAGGUUGUGCCAUGUGAUAGGGCAGAAAAAAAACUCCUGUAGCGGAGGGACAAACACAGAUUACAAUGUGUUUUGACUGAUUGUACCUGCCCCAGCUCAAUGUWAGGAUGAUGGUAUGCAUCAUAAAUCAGUCGGCAGCGCAAAGAUUGCUGGAAACAGCAGGACGCAAAUGUAAAUCCUAUUUCAAAAUAUGGAUGUGUACAUUUCUAAUGAAUACCUCAGUUGCUGCCAACAUUCCACCGUUACACUUCCUUUAUUUCAACAGACAAUAUUAUAAAAGACAUUUCCGUUUGUUCUCUCUGUUACAGUCUUGAAAAAAGACUCAAGUGUUGCUCAUUUUUUUAUUUAAAUGUAUUCAAGUUCAUCAAAAUUUAUAAAGAAGCAGUAAAUGAUCUGCAUCCUUACAAUUUUACUUGACCAAAAUGCAAGUUUUUGUGGAAUGGAACUCAAGAUAAUGUGAUUUUUUUUUUUUUUUUGGACACCUGACAUGACUGAUAGAAAAGUGACUGUUCAAGGCUGAGCCUACAGGUACCAAUCCGGUGCGAUAUGUAGGAUUUUGUUAUGGUUCGUGAAGUUUACUGAUAAUCAUGUGGCAGCCCACUGAAAAGUGGUUUGAACAAGAAAAACCGAUUUUGUAUUUGUCUAGCUGUAAACCAAAGGGCAUAUUUAUUGUGUUACAUUCAGAAAGAACAUUAAGCAUUUUUUCUAUCAUAUUCAGAUGUUUAGUCCAGUACAUUAAAACAUCCAGUGUUGAAAAAAAAGCUAUUUUAUCAGCAAUUGUUCAGUAUGUUAAAAAAAAAAAAA